UCAUUCAGGUUUUAAGCGUGAGACUGGGACAGGUGCUUCAGCGUCUGUCCAAGUCUUCAGCGCCACGGAUUUCUUUCAGGUAGUAUGUCAGUCGCAUUCAAACUGCUCCUGCAUACACUGACCCGCCGCCUUCUGCCUCGGAAACACACAAACAACCCAGGCUUUUGCACAUGUGGGAAAAGUUCAAGUGUGUCUGAGGUUUCUAUUACGUCCACAAAGUUCUAUUUUAACUUGUCGUUAAAUAUAUUGUUUAAUAUUUUAGUACAGUGUUUUAACAUUACCCCUCCUCUUCGCUCCCCAGCUCCAGUUCAACAGUCGGGCGGAGCAGCUGUCGCUGUCCGUCAGUCAUUCUGUAAUAGGGAGGGGGGUAGGCAGCCCAGAGAGAGCUCCACAUGUUGGGUGGAGUUGAAGUGGUUGGAUAAGAAGUCAGGAAACACUUUAUUUGUGUGUAAAUUAAAACCCUGGAGGGUGACAGCCAACAGCCCAUAUAUCUGGAUCCAGGUUGACUCCAAAGGGACCAAAGAAUCAGUUUGCUGCGGUAUACUUUCUGUUUGGGGCAUUCUUGCCCUCCUGCUUGGACUCCUUCAAACAUGGAGACUCAACAGUCCAAGGCCAUAAAGGAGGACUCCAACACCAAAGAAGAAGCUCCUGUGGAUGCAGAGCUAGCUAAAGCCAUAAUGGCUCGGUGUUUCCACCCCUCCUUGUUCGGUCCGGAAGCCUGGGAGGGAUACGUCUUUUCUGGCAUUGAGAUCCGUAUCAAAGAGUCCACAGACCUCUACGGAGCUGUGCUCUGGCCCUCGGCGACGGUGUUGUGUCAUUUCUUAGAGACCAACCGAGACAAACACAACCUCAUGGACCAAAAUGUGAUAGAGCUCGGUGCUGGAACUGGGCUGGUCUCCGUGGUGUCCAGCCUGUUAGGUGCUAAGGUGACCUCCACUGACCUGCCGGAUGUGUUGGGGAACCUCAAGUACAAUGUCAUGCGCAACACCAAGGACCGAUGCAAGUACAUCCCUCUGGUCACCGAGCUCAUCUGGGGUCCGGAGGUGGAGCAGCGUUUCCCGCGCGCCACACAUUGUUUCGACUACAUCCUGGCAGCUGACGUGGUGUAUGCCCAUCCUUACCUGGAGGAGCUGAUGGACACCUUUGAUCAUCUGUGCCAGGAAAACACACAGAUCCUGUGGGCCAUGCGCUUUCGUCUGGACCGAGAGAACAGCUUCGUUGACCGCUUUCGGCAGCGCUUCCACGUGGAGGAGCUGUACGACCUCCCCAGUCUGAGGAUCAAACUGUACCGAGCCUGGAGGAAGGACGAGAGGGCGAAGGACCAGAGAGAGGCUGCUGCCUGUUAAUAUUCACUGUAUAUUCUUUAUUGUGUUUUUACUGCAGAGUUAUGUCAAAUGUCUCUAUUGUUUUGCUGAAUGGGAAGGAUUGUAAUGUCACAUUGUGGAUC